AUGUCCUCUACAAUUUGCGGUAAAAUAACGGACGAUCCAGGGUCAGUUGCUGCAUUGCGUGUAGCUCUCCAAAUGUUGGCAGAACGUUGUGAAAGGCUACAAUCUCGAUUAGACAUAGUGGAAAAAGAAAAUGUUACUAUAAAAAGCAACUGUACAUGUCAAACUGUCAACAAGAAAUCUUCAGAAGUUAAUGUUCAAGAAUUAUCUUGUAAAAAGCAACAGUUGGUCGAAUAUUUAAGAAUUGUUACUAAUGAAAAUCGUACAUUGUGGACAACAUUGUCAUCGUUAGAUAAUCCGGCAGUUCAAUCAAAUGAUAAAAUCAAGCCGAAGAACUCUUUAGCUAUCAUAGACAACUAUUUAAAAUAUAAUGAUGUUGAUUUCAAGAUGGAUUCUAAUUGCAUUAUGGACGCAGAUGAUGAUUUAAUAAGUCUUCAGUAUAGUUCAGAUGAUGAAUCUUGGCCUAUGUUAUUGUCUGAACUCAAUGCAUACAAAGAAAAAUUAACCUUAGCCAAACAUUUACUUGCCGAUCAAAAUGAUUUGAUUUUGAACAUAACUUCAAGAUUUAAUCUACUUGUCGAGGAAGUCAAAGUUAUAAAACCUUCAGCAGAGUAUCGAGAUGCAGAAACAUUAACAAAUUCUACUUUUGAUUCCACUACAGCUUGUAUUUGUGGGGUUCGUGCAAAACCAGAUAACCAUAGUAUAUGUCCUUUAUGUAAAUUAUACAUUGUGGGAGCUGAAGGCGAUAAAAUGUUUGAUAAAUUAGUUGAACAUGUAAGCAGUCAUUUUCCCGAUGAAGAACCUGAAACUAUAAUUGAUAGCUUAUCUGGACACUAUUAA